UUCCACUACAUUUUCAUGUCAGACGCGUGUAACUCACCCUUUACUCUCUAUUCACUCACUUUCUGUAUUCAUCCUCACGCGCACUCACCCUCUCUCCUCUCCUAUAGCCACCGGUUGACUUCCCUCAAGAGUCGUGAAACUGAUACCUUGAAGCUCUUUUAUAUUACUGUUCUACAUUAAUAAUGAAAUAAUAAUGUUUCAGAAUUUAAAGUGGUGUUUCUGAACCACUUGAUUCAUUGACUUUGCUUCAACCAUCUCUCUUCUGUUCUUUUCUGUUCUGUUCUGUUCAGAUAUGGCAAUGGCAUCUGUCUCUACACUCUCAACACGCGCCUUUUCACUUCAAUCAUCAAACCACCAGGUCGUCCACCACCGUCAGCGGAGCUUUGCUAUCAUUACCCGCCGUCUAACCAUUGCCAACGCAGCCAAUCCCAACUUCAUCAACUUCUCUCUCCCUUGCACCUCUACCCGUAACAAAUCCCACCCAACUCUCAUUUUCUCCUCCGGAAGCGGUGGCGGUAACGGCAACUUCGGUGGAGGAGGUGAUGGUGGGGGUGGUGGAGGAGGAGGAGGGGACUCCAAUGAUGACGGUAGGUCCCACAAUCGGUCCGACGCCAUUCUCGCACUCGCAGAGGCGGGGAGGUCCUUGGAGAGCUUGCCCAAGGACUUGGCGACGGCUGUUGAGGCAGGGCGGGUGCCGGGAGCGAUUGUUAAGAGGUAUUUUGAGCUGGAGAAGUCACCAGUAUUUAGGUGGUUGCUUCAGUUUAGUGGGUUUAAAGAACGGUUGCUUGCCGAUGAUCUAUUUCUGACCAAGGUUGCAAUAGAGUGUGGUGUUGGCGUCUUCACCAAGACUGCUGCAGAGUUGGAAAAGCGUAGAGAAAAUUUUACCAAGGAGCUGGAUUUUGUUUUUGCUGAUGUGGUUAUGGCUAUAAUAGCAGAUUUUAUGCUUGUCUGGCUUCCAGCUCCUACUGUUGCUCUUCGGGCUCCUCUUGCAGGCAGUGCUGGGCCAAUAGCUAAGUUCUUCCACGGCUGUCCUGAUAAUGCAUUCCAGGUGGCAUUGACUGGAACAUCAUAUUCAUUUUUACAGAGAAUAGGUGCAAUAAUGCGUAAUGGGGCUAAAUUAUUUGCAGUUGGAACCGGUGCAUCUCUGAUUGGUACAGGUAUAACAAAUGCUUUGAUCAAUACAAGAAAGGCCUUUGAUAAGUCUUUUGCUGGUGAAGCAGAGGAUGUGCCUAUACUUUCAACUAGUGUUGCCUAUGGUGUUUACAUGGCAGUUUCUAGCAACCUAAGGUAUCAAGUACUUGCAGGAAUUAUGAACAGCGGAUUCUAGAGCCAUUGUUACACCAACAUAAACUUAUACUCAGUGCAUAUGUUUUGCUGUUCGAACCGGC